GCCAUAUUGAGACAAGCACAACAAAAGCGGAUGUUCCUGGCUCGCAGUUUUUAUUUCAGCAACGUUUUAAACUAUUUCUUUACAUCCACGUUGUGUCUUAGGCAGACAAUCAAGUGAUAGAGUUGGUCGGCUGUACUCUUACAACGGAGUUAUCAUCGGAGAGGUGCAAUCUUUGAACAAAAGUUGGGUCCGUCAUGGCCUCGAGAAAGAAGGUGCUCUUGAAAGUGAUAAUCCUCGGAGACUCGGGGGUUGGAAAAACAUCACUGAUGAACCAGUAUGUUAAUAAGAAGUUUAGCAACCAGUACAAAGCCACCAUUGGUGCAGAUUUCCUCACCAAGGAAGUAAUGGUGGAUGACAGGCUUGUCACUAUGCAGAUCUGGGACACAGCCGGACAAGAACGAUUUCAGUCACUGGGUGUGGCGUUUUAUCGUGGGGCUGAUUGCUGUGUAUUGGUCUACGAUGUCACUGCACCCAACACGUUCAAAACCCUUGACAGCUGGCGGGACGAGUUCCUUAUCCAAGCCAGCCCGCGAGAUCCAGAGAACUUCCCCUUUGUGGUACUUGGCAACAAGAUUGACCUAGAGAAUCGGCAGGUGACAACAAAGCGAGCGCAGGCAUGGUGUCAGAGCAAGAACAGUAUCCCGUACUUUGAGACCAGUGCCAAAGAGGCUAUCAAUGUCGAACAAGCUUUCCAGACCAUCGCCCGAAAUGCCCUUAAACAGGAAACACAGGUAGAGACGUACGAUUUCCCAGACCAGAUCAAACUGAGAGAUGACAGACCCACCUCCUCCAGCGAAGGCUGCAGCUGCUGAGAAGGGAUAGGGACGGAUGAGAGGACCGGGCGGAUGGCAAGAACACUGGGGGGGAGGGGGGAGAGGCCAGUGCAUGGGUGGAUUCCCCUCACCAAUACUCCCAUAUGCAAAACAUUCAAAUUUAAAAACAUAAAAGAUUGCAUAUUUUCUUAACUCCCCUACCUAUGUAAAGAUCACAUAGGACAGAAACCAGUUGCACAGCAUCACUUUUAUUAUACUACUCUAGAUAAACAUGUUUCUAUUAAAUAUACAUCAUAUGUGAUAGUCAUUAUAUUAUUGUCAGUAUUGUUUUGUUUUUUUCUUUCUCCCCAUCUCAUGACAUCAGUGCUUAAGGUAUGGGUAGGCAGUCUUCAGCAGUCAUUUGCCUGUCUGCUUGCCUCUGUGUGCCUUCCAUCUUCUGAGGUAGCACUAGGCAGGUGUUACUUUGCCUUAUUAUGUUCUUAUUUCUUGUUUGCCAAAUGUGUUUUGUCACCCAUACAAACUCAAACCCUCUUCCAUCAACACUGCCCUUCCAGAAAGAAAUAGUUUCAACAGCACUGUUUAAUUGCAGACAAGCAUAUUGCUUUCAUAUAAGACACAUGCACAGUUGCCAUUUCAGGUACAAAUAAGCAUCUUAAAUGUGGGGGAAAUGCUUGUGGAAAAGAAACUCUAAAUAAAUACUCCACAUAGCUCUGUUUCUUUGAGCUGGUUUGCUACCUGACUGUGCAUAACAGAGCUGAUGUGUGGGGGUUGUUUGAAUGGUUUUUAGGGGCCUUUGACCCGACAGUGGCCUAGUGAGAACUUGGUUCCUAGAUUGGGAUAACCUAUUUGGCAUCAGGUUGGGUGGUGUGGGGGGGAAUCUAUCUGUUCAGUCUAAACUCCAAUCAAUUAGGCUUGAAACUGUGGAACAGUAUAUCAUGGGGUUUAUUUAGAAUUAAGUCUUUACAAUCUAUGGCUGGCCCCCUUAAAUGAAUGUCUUUUUCUGAAUCCAUAGCAGCCAUAUUAUCGUAUGGAAGAACACUGAAAUCUUUAAAAUUAUAUUCCUUGACCGACUUCUGUCCAUUUGUUUUUAACGGAACGCCUUUGUAUUUUUACAUCUAACAUGUAAGAAUACACAAUGUUCUCAGGAGCACUCACCUUAAGACCAAAUGCUUCAGAUGUUGAUCUUCUAAUUCCCCUCAGUGUUUUACCACCUGUCUUGUUGUUUGGUGUGGUGCAUCGUCACCACAGAGUCGACAUGUUAUUUAGUAUGUCCACUUUGACUGGAUUUUAAAGGCCUGGGUGAAGUCAGUACUCUGACAAACACUUUGAUAGAAAUCCCCAGUCUGUAAACUUUCUGUUUUGAUUUAGCCUUUUGUUACAUCCUGUCAACCGGUCAUAUAAAUAUAUACAGAUAAUAGCAAAAUUAAGAUAACCUUGACUCACAUCAAUGCCUAUUACAGAAAAACUUUGUGUGUGUGUACAUGUGCACAUCUUUGGGGUCACCUACAUGAAAAUAAGAUCCAUCAUGUUUAAUCAACUGUCAUUUUCUCAACCAAGCAGCAAAAAUAAAUGUUUCCAUAAGGACA